AUGACGCAUGGACCGUGUGGAACCUUGAAUCCAACAAAUGUGUGCAUAAAAAAGAAUGGUCACUGCAAGAAUAAUUAUCCGAGACAUUUUGUGCCGAACACGACCAUUGGGAAUGAUUGUUUUCCAAUAUAUAAACGAUCUGAUGAUGGAAGAACUGUAAAAAUUAGAGGUCAUGAUUUGGAUAAUCGAUGGGUUGUUCCAUACAAUUCUUAUUUGCUUGCAAUGUUUGACUGUCAGAUUAAUGUAGAAAUUUGUUCUACAAUAAAGGCAGUUAAAUAUCUUUACAAAUAUAUUUACAAAAGUCAUGACCGUGUUGCCUUUAACUUGGUUUCUGAACAACCAAAUCAACAAAUUGAUGGAAUUCAACGAUUCCAAUCAGCUCGAUGGAUUGCUCCACCCGAAGCAAUGUGGAGAAUAUACGGAUUUAUUAUCAAUGAAGUGCAUCCAGCAGUUUAUAGCUUGCAUUUACAUCUUGAAAAUCAGCACCAAGUAACAUUUCGAGCACACGAAAACUUGAACAAUGUGAUUAGCUCUGAUCUUUCUGCAAAAUCAAUGUUAACAGAAUUCUUUUCGACAAAUCAAGUUAUUAUAGGCCGAAUUGUGACAGCAAAUCCUUCUGAAGGUGAAAGAUAUUAUUUGCGAAUUCUAUUGAAUCCUAUAAGAGGUCCUUUAUCAUUUGAUGACCUCAAAACAGUCAAUGGUGUUUUGGCCACUACAUUUCGUGAAGCUGCUACAAUGCAUGGUUUGUUAGAAAGAGAUGACAGUGUAGAAGAAUCUUUACAGGAAGCAUCUUUAUAUCAAAUGCCUUCUAAUUUGCGUAAGCUAUUUGCAACUAUUUUGGUCUACUGUAAUCCAACAAAUUCAAGAUAUCUUUGGGAACAUUUUGAACAAGACAUGUCAUGUGAUUUUCAAUUAACUGAAGUUUCUCAAUCAAAUGUGAGAAUGGAAGUUUUACGCUCCAUCUCCAUGAUACUUGAAUCAAUGGGUAGAGACAUUAAUUCAUUCCAACUUCUUGAUCGAAACAUUCAUUUUGAUGAAGAUGAAUUUUUGUCUAGAGAGAUUGAUGAUGAACUAGCUGUUUUUAUUCCAGAAGAGGAUAUUACUGCAUCAACACUACUUAAUAGAGAGCAACAAAUUGUUUACAAUUUGGUUUUAGAAAAGGUUUUCUCAAAUCAAAGUGCUGCAUUUUUUAUAGAUGGGCCUGGCGGAAUUGGAAAGACAUUUUUAUAUAAGGCACUUCUUGCAACAAUAAGGUCAAGACAUUUAAUUGCUCUUGCAACUGCUUCAUCUGGCAUAGCUGCAUCAAUUCUACCUGGAGGUCGAACAACACAUUCACAAUUUAAAAUACCUCUAGACAAUAACAAAAAUUCCAUAUGCAGUGUUAGCAAACAAAGUGGACUUACGAAACUGUUACAAAUAACAAAGUUGAUUAUAUGGGAUGAAGAUCCUAUGUCAAGAAAAGAAGCCAUAGAAGUAUUAGACAGAAUGUUAAAAGAUGUUAAUGAUUCAGAACUAUCUUUUGGUGGAAAAGUUGUUAUAUUUGGAGGAGAUUUUUGCCAAAUUUUACCUGUUGUUCCAAAAGGAACAAGACAACAACAAAUUGACGCUAGCUUGGUUUCUUCUUAUCUGUGGCCCACAUUAACAAAAAUUCGUCUGACUGAAAAUAUGCGCGCAAGAUUAGAUCCAGAUUUUUCAAACUAUAUAUUGGAAUUAGGCAAUGGAAUGCCACCAAUUACAAUCGAUGAAUAUGUCAAAAUUCCUACAGCCAUGUUAAUUCCAUAUCAGAAUGAUACUGCUUCUUUGGAUCAAUUAUUAGAUGCUGUUUUUAAUGAUAUUUCAAAAUAUUCAGUAAAUAUUUCAAGCAUGAUGAACCGUGCCAUAUUGACACCAAAGAACAGUUAUGUGCAUGAGAUAAACAAUUUGUUGAUACAAAGAUUUCCAGGAGAUAUCAAAUAG